GGCUCGUCAACGGCCCUUGUAGCAGUGCUACAGCACUCGCCGCGACCUAAACAAGAGGCGGAUACCGCGCCGCGCUUUACGCUCUUCCAGCCGACAGCGCAGCGGGACAUGCCAGCCCCUGAUGCGGUGCUCAAGAUCGCACACCUCGGCGACUGCAUGGGCAUGCUUGUCCGAGGCGAGGAAGUCGCCUGGCGGUCCGAGGAGAUGUGGUUCGGUUUCAACGCACCUGUGCAGCUCGGCCCGAGCUCGAACGCGCGCCCCGCGGACGCGCAGAUCAUCACGCUGCCCGUGCAGCAGGACGACAUUCUCAUCCUCGCCAGCGACGGACUGAGCGACAACCUCUGGGACGACGAGGUCCUCGACGAGGUCGUCCGCUUCAAGCGG